UACUGCUGUAGAUACUACUUCUAGUCAUGGACUGCAAAUGUCUCGAGACGUUACGAGCAUGACAGACUCGAGCAAUAUUUCCACUGUUGGCGUCGCCAAUGGUGGUUACAACAACCAAAUGGAUAACAGGCCAGCGAAUAUCAAUACAUCUAAUACAUCUAAUCAGGCACCAUCUAGGGCAGGCGCUCUUGUUAAAAAGGAGAAGCCAGAGGGCGCUCCGAAGCAAACAAGGCGAGCCACGAAACGAGCGGACCGUGGUAGGCCGCGUGCUGUAGUUCCACUUCCAACGAAUCCAGACGGCUCGUUAAACUAUCCGAUCGUCGUCGGAAAGGGCACGAAUGAAGUCAUCAUAGAAAACAUGGGCAGAAUUGUAUGGCAAGGCAGGGGGUACCACAACCAUCGCUACAUCUUUCCAGUUGGAUUUCGCAGCAAGAAACAAUAUACUUCGCUCUCCGAUACAUCUAAAAAAACUUAUUUUAUCAAUGAAAUCCUGGACGGAGGAGAACAACCUAUUUUUCAAAUAACUCUGGAAGACAUGCCAGAAAAAGUUUUUCGGCACUCAUCGUCAAGCGGCGCAUGGGAGUUGGCAUUAAAAGGGUUGAUGGAGCUCGGUUACAAUGCCAAGACCCACGCUUCAGGACCUGACAUGUACGGCUUGACGAAUUUAGGCGUUAUAAAGUAUAUUCAGGAAAUGCCCAACGCCCAUCGCUGCCGGCGCUAUAUGCCACUAAAAUGGAUCAUCGAGGACGAUAGCUUGGGGUCCCCGUCGAAUGGGGACCCUUCCGGAAGUAAAUCACCAGGAAGGAAGAAGAAGAUUAACAACAGUCUGUACGCUAGUAACCACGAAGUUCUUAUGGAGACACUGGAGGAAGCAGAAAAGGCAGCCCAGUCUUCUGGAUCUUCUACAGCACGACCAUACACUCCUCGCAAGUACACGAAACGAAAAGCGAGUCAGGAUCAGACGCCAGCACCAGAACUCAUGGAGAUCGAGCACAUACCACCAUUGGCCUUACUCCCGUCUGUUUCGGAGACAGAACCGGCCAUGGGUCAUAUGGAGGGUGUGAAACAUGAGAGAGAUCAACAUUUGGGUGCAUUGCCAGUAAGGGAUGAGGAAGCGAUCAAGACUACGGACGUAGCACCACAUACUCCUCAAUCUAUGGGUAGACAGGAGCAAUAUUUCUCAGGAAUGUCCCAUGAUCAGGAAAAUAAGAUUUCAAUUCAUCGAUAUGACCAUUCGUAUGGACAACCACUCAUGGAACCAUGAGCUUAUUGGCCAUUACCAUUAUCAUUACUAUUAUUUAUCAUUGCGUCAGCAGUGCUUCGCAUCGACAAAAACUAUCAUACCAUAUACUCAAUAUUAUCCAUUAUAUACAAUGCACCCUAAUAGUCUAUAGCAUAUCAACUAUUAUAUACUUUCAAUAACUGUUACUUUCAUAGUAAGUUUCGAAUAGCAAAUUUUGUACAGCCUUUUAGGCCGGCUCGUAAUCGCAUAUUGUCCUUCCUGCUGAUGCUUGCAGUGAUUUUUUCAUUAAAACUAUCUCUUAAAUUCUAUA